CAGCCACUUCAGACCCCAGAUGAUCUCUGACCUCAAAAGAAAAAAAUUCAGGCCCAUCUGAAGACUCUGAGGGAAGAGAGGAAAAAAAGCUCCUGGGAUUUAAAGUGACUGCAGAGGGGACAAGUCAGGAGUGUCUGAAACAGAUAGAAAAGGAGGGACAGAAAAUGGUCUGAAUUUCAGUUCUUGGAGGAAUAAGAGUGACCCCUGCUGGAAGAGCUGGACAAGGAGAUUGGGGAUAUUUUUGUUCCGUAUCUUCACAAACUCCGUGUGAGACGGGGAAGUUCCAGCAGCCAGUGGCGAUUUCUCCUGAACUGGAAGUGAGACUCAGUGAUUUCUCCCAGAAAACUAAUGCUCUCAUGGAGACUCUGAGGAAAUUCAAAGCCACUCUGCCGCCUAAACUGGAGACAAAAAGAGGGGAACCCCUAGGAGCACACAGACAGGUGAAUGUGACCCUGGAUCCAGACACGGCUCACCCCGAACUUGUCCUCUCUGCGGAUGGGAAAAGCGUGAGAUGGGGACACACCCGGCAGGUUCUGCCCGACAACCCGGAGCGAUUUGACUCUGAGCGCUGCGUGCUGGGCGGCGAGGGCUUCGCCUCGGGGCGACAUUGCUGGGAGGUGGAGGUGAGGGUGCAGGAGGGGGGACACUGGGCGGUGGGGGUGGCCAGAGAGUCUGUGAGGAGGAAGGGAUGGAUCAACCUUAACCCUGAGGAGGGGAUCUGGGCAGUGGAGCGGGGCUGGUGGGGUCAGUUCCGGGCUCUCACCUCCCCAGCCACCCGCCUGCCCCUGCGCCGGGUCCCCAGCAGGAUCCGGGUUUCUCUGGACUGUGAACGGGGGCAGGUGACAUUUUCUGACGCGGUUAGCGAGGCCCCAAUCUUCACUUUCCCGCCGGGCUCCAUCCCCGGCGAGAGAAUCCGCCCCUGGCUCUGGGUGUGGAGAUCCUGGCUCAGGCUGUGUCCCCCAGGGGACCCCAAAACCGGCCUGCCUAGCCUCCGGUGUCCUAGUCUUUAUGACUGUGGUGGACUGCUGUCGUCCUACCGAUUUUCUCCCUGUGGGCUCUGCGACCCCGCCGGCUCCCUGGAGUCGCUGGACUUUGAAGCCACGGAGAGCAGGGAGUGA